CAGCAACGAGGCCCAUCCGUGUUCACACACGUAUAAGACCUACCACGCCGCCUCCAUUCCGAGACCUCUCGCCCGCGCCGCCGCCUCCCUGCCCUCUUUGCCGCCGCCGCCGCCGCCCGUUGUUGCGGACGCCUCCUCCUCGCUGACGAGAUGACGAAGCGCACCAAGAAGGCUGGAAUCGUUGGCAAAUAUGGUACAAGGUACGGUGCCAGUCUGCGUAAGCAGAUCAAGAAGAUGGAGGUCUCCCAGCACUCCAAGUACUUCUGUGAGUUCUGUGGCAAGUUUGCCGUGAAGAGGAAAGCAGUCGGAAUCUGGGGAUGCAAGGACUGUGGGAAGGUUAAGGCCGGUGGUGCCUAUACCAUGAACACCGCCAGUGCGGUCACUGUCAGGAGCACGAUCCGUCGCCUGAGGGAGCAGACUGAAGCUUGAUCGCGGUCAAUCUGACAAAGGAGCCUCUGGAUUUUGUAGUUCAGACGAGACUCAUUCGACGCAAUAUAGCCUAAAUUGACAACAUACAAUGUUAUUUAUCGGCUUGUUGGGGUUCUGAAUGUAUCCAGCUACGUUACAAUGUGUGUCUCGUUUAUCGUGCUUAGUUGAUUGUCUAAGGGUAUUCGUUGUGUGUGUCGUUGGUUCUUGAAUCUUAAUGCUAUUGUCAUCUGUUCUUAGAAGAACUAGCGGGGCCGCCUGUGCAUUUGUGCUUCUAUUUGCAUUGACUUUAGCUGUUGUUCAUAUAAAUUGAACAUGUUUCGAACAGAAAAUUUACUUGACUUGACCGUCAGGAUUGCCCUCA